ACAAGUAACAAAUUUUAUAGAAUUGAUUGCAUUUUUACAUAAAGAUUAUAAAAGUAGUGGAUUUAUAUUUCAUCUUGGAAUGGAAAAACAAACCUAUGCAUAUGGUCAACCAGUUUGCGAAUGGUUAUCAUUAAAACAUCGACAAAAUUAUCCACAAAAAAUUGAAAUAUUAUCUGGAAAAUCUAUCAGAAAAGUAGCAUAUGGUUUUGAAAUGGUUGUAAUAUUGACUGAAAAUGGACAAAUUUAUAUAGCUGGUAAUAGUUCACAAUGGCCAAGAUCGGUGGAUGAUGUUGAAAUGCGAUUAUUAUCGAAAACAAAACAUUUCAAAGAUAUUGCCUGUGGUCGUGCACAUGCACUUUGUCUGGAAGAUAAUGGAAAUCUUUUUACGAUCGGUGAUAAUUGGUAUCAAAAUGGAAAAGAAAUAGCAGAUUAUGAAAAUUUAAUCGAUACUGAAUUAACAGAUGUUCAUACAAUAGCAUGUGGUUGGAUGCAUUCAUUAGCUAUAAAGUUUUAUAAUAGUUUAUAUGGUUGGGGUAUGAAUACAUCGAAUCAAAUCGCAAACAAAUAUGUAUUUAUUAAUCAUCCUUUUUUAAUGAUGGCUGAAGGUCAAUACAGUGAUGGAUAUGAAAAUGUUUCGGCUGGUUUAGGAUUGACAUUAGCAAUUACCUCUAAAAAAGAAAUUCGACAAUUUGGAAAUUCUUCUAUAGAUUUUCUAAAAUCGAAAUUUAAAAUAAUCGAAAUGCUAACAUUAGCAUCAGCAAAGUUAACUUGUUUUCUAUAUGAAAACUAUCAUGGCAGAACGGAGUUUUAUAUUUUCGAUCCCCAAUCAUUAUUAUCACCGCUAACCAUUGUAGCAACGAAUUUUCAGGAAAUUUUCGAAAAAUUUUUAACAAAACCAAUAACAUUUGGUUGGAGUAUGAAUACGGACGGGUUUUAUUCGAAUUUUUAUCAUUAUUCAAUGUCUGAAUCAAUAACCGCAACGUUUAACUGUCCAGAUUCGGAUGUAAACGAUUUACGAUUCGAAUUACCAAAUGAUAAUGAUGAUGAUACGAAGAAAGGUAGCCGAUAUAUUUAUGUACAACGAUCAUAUCUACGAAUGGUAUCCGAAUAUUUUAAUCGAAUGUUAUCAAAUGAAUGGAAUGAUCAGAAACGAACAGUUAUAACUUCAUUUGUUAUGAAUUUUGGAAUGUCUGGGUCAAAGAAACUUUUAAAUGUCACAUUUGAAUUGGUCAUCAGAUAUUGGAAUUUUGUUUUUAUGUGGUGUUCUGUUACAUUAGAGAUAUGGAUAGUGAUUGAAAGUUCUUAUUUUCGUUGA